GGGAGAGAACAAGGUUACAGUCAAAAUUAUCAACUGAGAGCCCUAUUCUGAAUACCAGAAUAGGAUGUCAACAAAUUAGAACAUGUUUUCAAGACUGAAAGGACACCCUAGAGGACACUUUAUCAUGUUUUCUCCACAGUAAGGACAGACAAAAAAAAAUGCCUUAAAUGUUUCAAUAAUGAAAAGAGGAAUCUUGCAUAUUUUCAUACUUCUGCACGUUUGGCCAAUGCAGGGUACCCCCAGGGUUCUCAAAGUGAAAUUUAAGAGUUUUUAAGGUAAUUUUCAUUUUUCCCAUCUGCAACAUUUGGGACAGUUUUUCAAAGACUGCCACUGCAGAGUGCACACACAUGCAUGACAGGACCAACAGAGUCUAAGUUUCAGACAUUAAAAAUCCGAAUACCAAGUGACAGGCUCAGUUACAACUCUCUUGGGGGUUCAGACAGCAAUACCUGUACCGAGCUGCACUCUAUCCACCAUCCCCUCUUCCUCCUGAAGAAAAAAUUCAGCUAAUCUACAUGUAAUCUGAACUACAUCACAUCAGAAAUGAUAUGAUACAUGCGAAACACACAAAUGUAGCAUAUCCGGGGUUUGCAGAAAUAUACAAUGCCAACAUUUUGCCAAAUAAUGCCAAAGACAGCUGACAGGAGGGAAAAGACCCCAAAGGUGCUGGCAUGGGCUAGCAACCCAUGGUAGCAGUGGUGAGGCCUAGCAGCCUUAUUACAACCAAAAUUAGCUACAGCCAACAUAGGGAAAAUACCUCAAGAGUCAGCGAGAGCAGGGGUGGAAGAUGACUCACAGGUGGAUUACACGGUAACAGACAUUGGAACGGACACGACUAUGCAUUGGAUCUGUGACUCAGUGAAGGAUAGGGGCACGGACCUAUCCACCAGGGCUAGAAUUAGCAGCACUCAGGGCAAGGCGAGCGCAUCUGUAGAGGAUAAAAGUAGCACAGUUGAGAACAAGAUGCUUCAGGUUUGUCCUUGUGGCUGGCAGAAAGUAACAUCAGUAAAAGGCCUCAGAACUCAUCAGGGAAAGAAGAAGUGUGUGGCAAAGAAAGGGCAAAGUAGCCGCAUUGAUCAGUACUUCCUAAGAAGUCAGUCGAGUCAGUCGGAUGAAGUCCAGCGGCAGGUAGAAAACCACAGUUCGCAGGAUAUCAGUAACGCUGCCACUGAGGAGGAGGAGGAGGGGGUAGUAAGAGAGGAUGCAGGUGACACUGAGGCCAGUAUGCCAGUCAGAGAGAGAACCAUGGAGCAAAAGGUUAGAGUUAGAUGGCCUAGGGCAAAUGACAGUAAAGAAUGGGAGAUAGUUAAUAGAGAUUUGUCAGUAAUCUUAAGUAGGCUUAGAGGAAAUGCAAUAGAAAGGUUAGAAAAGAUGGGAGAUAUAAUUUACUCAUAUGGUGUAGAGAGGUUUGGGUUGCAUGAGAGAAAGAGGAGUGAGAGGGUACAGUCAGGUAAAUCUAGGCGGCAAAGAGAAAUAGAGGAGCUAGUCAAGGAAAGGAGACAGUUAAGAAAGGUGUGGAGAAAGGCUACAGAAGAAGAAAGGGAGGGAAUUAAGGUGUUGCAAGAGGAGUUGAGAAGCAGGCUAGCAGUUCUUAGAAGGGCAGAGCAUCUCAGGAAAAAGAGGAGGAAGAAGGAACAUGUAAGGACAGGUUUUUUCAGGGACCCUUUUAAGUUUGUUAAAGGAUUGUUCAGCCAGGAAAAGGGAGGGCAGCUCAAAGCAGAAAGGCUAGAGGUUGAAGAAUAUUUGAGAAAUACAUAUUCAGAUUUAGAGAAGAAUAGGAUAGUAGGUUUCCCACCCGAUAUCCCUCCAUUAGAAGGGAUAGAGCAUGAGAUGGAUGUCAGACCACCUAGGUGGAAGGAAGUUCAGGAGGUGGUCAGGCGUGCAAAGGCUUCUUCGGCCCCAGGGCCUAAUGGAGUCCCCUACCGGGUUUAUAAAAGUGCGCCUGAUACCCUUAAAUUUUUAUGGAAACAGCUAAGAAUAGUUUGGGAGAAGCAAAUUAUACCAAGAGCAUGGCGUAGGGCAGGGGGUGUCCUCAUUCCUAAGGAGAAGGAGUCUGUGGACCUUAGCCAGUUCCGGAUGAUUUCUCUCUUGAAUGUAGAGGGGAAGAUUUUCUUUAGUGUAGUUGCGCAGAGAUUAGCUAGCUACUUAGAAAGGAAUAGCUUAAUAGAUACCAUGGUGCAGAAGGCAGGAAUACCAGGUUUUUCAGGGUGUUUAGAGCAUACUAGCAUGAUCUGGCACCAGAUUCAGGCAGCGAAGAUUAAGAAAAGGGACCUGCAUGUAGUAUUUUUAGAUCUUGCAAAUGCGUUUGGUUCAGUACCGCAUAGCCUCAUUUGGAGUGCGUUUGACUACUUCAGAGUGCCACAGGUAGUUGUUAACUUAGUGAAAGCAUAUUUUCAGGAUAUUAGGCUGUGUCUAAGUACAGCAGGUUUCACAACAGGUUGGCAGAGGCUAGAAAUAGGCAUCAUGGCAGGGUGUACAAUUUCUCCAUUAGCAUUUACUAUGGCAAUGGAAGUAAUCAUCAGGGCUUCUAAGUGGGUGGUAGGUGGAGAGAGACGGCAGAAUGGGUUGCAUUUUCCACCAGUUAGGGCUUACAUGGAUGACAUGACACUGGUGACCACAACAAUGCCAUGUACAAAGAGGCUACUAGAGAAGGUAAAUAAGAACCUCAAGUGGGCCAGCAUGAAGAUCAAGCCUAGUAAGUCUAGAAGCAUCUCGAUACGUAGAGGGAAGUUAAGUGACAGGAAGUUUGUCAUAGAUGAUGAGGAAAUCCCAACAAUUAGGGAAAAGUCAGUAAAGAGCUUAGGUAGGUGGUACAAUGUAGUUGAAUGAUAAGGAACAGGUGGUGAAAUUUAGAAAAGAUGUGGCAGAAGGAUUGGAUAGAAUAGAUAAAUCAAAACUUCCAGGAAAGUUGAAGUUGUGGUGUUUGCAAUUUGGGCUAUAUCCUAGGUUAAUGUGGCCACUGUCAAUUUAUGAAAUUCCAUUAUCCAUUGUGGAGAGAAUUGAAAGGUCGGUUGGCUCCUAUAUUAGGAAGUGGGUGGGCGCUCCCAGGUGCCUAAGUAGUGUUACAUUGUAUGGAAAAGGGAUACUUCAGCUGCCAGUAUCUAGUUUAACAGAGGAAUUUAAAUGUACCAAGGUCAGGACAGAGCUCUUGUUAUCUGGGAAUAAGGACGUGGUAGUUAGGAGUGUGGUUCCAAAUCCAACCAAGGGGAGGAAGUGGAACCCAAGAUCAGCAGUUCAGGAGGCAGAGGCAGCUCUUAGGCAUGCAGAGAUUGCAGGUAAUGUUCAGUUUGGCCAGGGAGGCCUGGGGCUUGGCUCAGGCAAACCGGUAUGGAAUAAAGCAGGUCCCAAAGAUAAAAGAAAGCCGGUUGUGGAACAGAUACGUAGACAGGAGGAGAUAUUAAAGGGUGCAAAGGUAGUGGCCCAGGCUAAACAGGAACAGUGGUUGAAGUGGGAAAGUGUAGAGAAGAGGAAGCUUAGUUGGA